CCCACCUCCAUUAAAUUAAAAAAUAAUACAAUAGCUUUUCAUUGAAAAAUGAAAAUAGAAUAACCAUCUCUAUCUUCUUCCUCCGGUACCGUCAAUCUCCCCCAUUAUCGAUUUAUCCGCUCCCAAUUCUCCUUCCUCCGAGGUCGCCGGUCAUCACUCAUCGGUCCCAAAUUACCCGCCAGCGCCUCGAUUUCUUCUUCAACUUCCGCCCCGUAACUCUUUAGCUUCCUUCAUCGCUUCAUCUCCGCUUAACAGCUUUAGGCGCCCCCCUCUGUUCCUCCGUCAUGGCGGCGUAGACGAAAGAGAGUAGCGCUUGGCAGGAGAUCAUCGAAAUCAGAUCUCAGCUACUCUCCUCGUAGUCUUUUCUUUACCGUCCCCGAUUCCUUCAGAAAACCUAGGGAGAGAGAGACAAUCAGAGUCUGGACUGCAUGUCAAGGAUGGUACAUAUAUUCUCUCCAGUAGAUUGAUCCACCUGCUGAUCCCCAAGAAUGCAGCCCAGAUCUUCUAACCCUUCAAAGGAUUGAAUAACAUCAGCAACCGUUGUCGGAAGGGAUAUUUGUCUUCUCCCCUGCCUGCCAGUAUAUCAGCAUUGCCUGCCGAUAACAAUCACGGUGGAACCCGCGCUCUGGCGAUACAAAAUUGAUUCGCGAAUUUGGAACGCUUCACUGAAAAUUUGCGUUUUUGCGAAUUAGCGUCGGGGCAACUUGCGCGAAUUGGGUAACAUAAGGCUCCCGCAAUAUGGCCAUUGAAAGGAAUCCAGAGGAAGCUUUUUUUUUUAGGGGAAGGAAUCCAGAGGAAGUUGUAAAGCGAGCAAGGGAGGAAACUGGGGAAGCAGAGAGCGGCGACGCCGGAAGAAGCGAUGAUGUCUGGAAGAAGGAGAAGCGGAAAAAGGACGCCGGAACGGAGGGGGUGGUCCGUUUGGGUACGAUGGAAUUCACGACUUCCCGUGAGAUGUUUCAAACUGUCAAAGGGUGGAUGACCGAUAGUUAUCUAAAUUUCCCCGUCGUCUAUAGGAUCGUGCCGAGCUUGCUGGACUUGGUGAAGAAGGGUCAUCCCGAGCCACAUAAAAUGAUUGGUUGUGGGGUCGAUUCAUUUCGAGUCCGAAACGACACGAUGUGCAGCCACUUCCGCACCUUCUUUAUCGUUAGGAAAGAUGAUUCGACCGCAGAUUUCUGCUUCAGGACCUGUGUAAACAACAUCCUUCCAUUACCCGAGGAUUUGAAAGAUCAAGGUGGUGGUGUUGUUGCUGUUUGUGCAUGUCAUAUAGCAGGAGGCAUGGGUCGUUUGCGUGCUGAUAGAGUGGCAGAGGAACUUGAAAGGCUUACACGAGAACAAAAUGCUAGGCUAGAUGAGGAGGAGAGGAUGGGAAGGCUCAACACCGUCAUCUUGGGUUCGAAGAAAUUCUAUUACUCCACGAAUAUGUAUAGAUACUUUUACUCGUUGCUUAUGAGGUCCCCACUUAAUCAGACUCUCGUCGAGAAGCAUGCCCACCUGAUGUUACUGGAGUUAUUGAAGAAGGGUGAUCCAGAGUCGGAAAAAAAGAUUGGUUCUUCUGGCGUCGAAUCAUUUCAAGUUCGAAUCCAUCCAGCAUACGAUAGUGAUCUGCGAAGCUUCUACUUUGUUAGGGGAGAUGGUUCUAUGGAGGAUUUCUGCUUCAUCAAAUGUGUUGAUCAUAUCUUUCCCUUGACAGAGAAAUUUCAAGAACAAUGCGUUGGUCCUUGUAGCUGUCAUCAUGAAGAAGAUGGGGAAGGUGGUGUCACCUUGGGUUGGCUGAAAUUUCAGAGUUCAACACAAAUGUUUUCAUAUUUCGGAAGUUUGAAUCAUCUUUGUCCAUAUGAAUCUCCUAUCACCGACCCGGUUAUUCAAACGGUAGUGUUGGCUUUGCUGAAGAAGGGCGAUCCAGAGUGGGAGAAGAAGGUUGGUUCGGGAGGGGGUCUCCAAUCAGUACAAAUUCGGAUGCCCACAGUGGGGAGCUAUCCGGCCUACUUUGUUGUUAGGAACGAUGGUUCUGUGGUGCCUUUCUGCUUCUGGACAUGCAUCGACAACCUCAUUCCUUUGCCAAAUGACUAUAAAAAGCGAUGUGCUGCUGGUGCUGGUCUUAAAAGUUUCAGAGGAGCUAUACGUGGCGCUAGUGGAUGAAGUCAUGGCCGCCGCACUUUGAUUUGAAGGGUUGGGUUUCUCUAUUUGUUACAUGGUGUCGUAGUUUGGUUUAUUGUAUGUAUGUUUUGCAAGCUUUACCUUUGACAUUAGAAAGUGUUUGGGAUGUUGAGUUUUAGAUGCCAUUCAUAAGUUGUUAAAUCCCCAUUAUAUUUAGAUUGGUUUAUGUACCGUUAUUUACUGCUUAAAUUAAGGUUAAGGUUGUGUGAUGGUUUCUUUUGUAGAGCUCACUUUUUUAGGUUAGGUGUGGAUUUUGAUGUGUGCACCCUGUAGAUACUCUACCGAAUUCAUGUCACAACUACUUUCUA